GUUUCCUUGACGCUGGUUUGGAGACCAGUCCAGCUCGCCUGCAUUCCUCCUCUCUCUAAAGCCUGACCGAUAGAGACAGAGAAAGAAAGGGGGGAGAAAACACCGAUUAUUAUUAUUCCCAACCGUGUUGGAUUUUUAUGACCCACGGAGACGACUCUCGGCGGAAGCACCGACCAGAUAGAGACUCUUAAAAAAUACCCACGUCAAGCCUGCUCCGUUUGGACCUACAAUAACCACAAAAAGGCGUUUUUUCCUCUUUAAAAAUGACGAGACUUUACCGUUAAUGUGCCUGAGUAGGUUUAGCUACCGAAAAGCAGCUUUGGUGAAGCAGCCUCUCCACGGCGGAUAUCUCCUUUUUUUUUUUUUUUUUUUUUUUUAAAUGAGGAUUUGCAAGAUGGCUGAUGACAGCUACCCCUAACAAGGACAGAAAAGCGACGUCCCCUUUAAGAUUAGGAGGGUAUAUUUUUGUGUUUUUAUUAGUUAAAUAACACAAGUAUGGCUGCUUUUAUAAAAUAAUGCCCAUGGGUGAUGUUGACGCUGCCUGUCGGUUGAUGUAGUGUUUUUAUCCGUACCUGGUAGAAAAUGGUGAGGUGACGUCUGAGGUAAUUUACGCGAUUUAAUCGAGAUAAGGAAGUAGAAAAAUAUGUUGUUGGCUAAAGGCUGAGGCGACGACAGGGUGAACAAGGUGGAGACCAAAGUGAAAAGAGGAUAAAAGCUGGAUGAAAUACUAAUCUUUGGCCGAGGAGAUAUUUGAUAGAUGUGUCGGAGGGGGGAAACCAAAAGGCUCUGCAACAGCAGCCAACAUUCCUGCGGAUCCUAAAACCCUUUGUUUUGUGCGCAGGAGCUGGACUCGACUAUUAAAACGAUUAACUAUGCAGUAAACAGCCUCGAAAUGAUGGCCCGGGUAUGAUUUCCUGUUUAAUGAGAUUAUAAGGCCUUUGUUGUCGACAGAAACCUGGUAGAAAAAGCCGAGGCCUUGUGUACAGAUAUGCGAGCUGUGCCACAUAGCAGGCGUUAUUCAUCAAAUAGAAAUGUCGCUUUUAUGUUAAAGUGAAGGGCUUGGGGUGGCUGUGUUGGUAAUCUGACUUGUAAAACAGUAUUUCUUGUCCACUGCCAAACCGUCGCUGGUUGUAUGUAUAAUUAAAUUGCAGGUGGAGGCUCCUCGGAUACUUAUUUAUGAUUCAGCGGACAAAAGCAUUGCGCUGCGUUGUGAUUAUUGACGGAUUCAAGCGUCCUUGAGGUCCAGAUAAAACAGAUUCAGGGUUUUAUUUUUCCUUUAAAGCUCUCUGUGUGUGAAUAGUAAUCAGGGUGUGGACUGGAGCAGUCCUUUCUCGUGGUUUUCAUGCUUCGUUUGUUGGUCUGAAUUGGUCCACAGUCAAUCAUAAUCCGAGGGUGAAGUGAAGGAAGCUCUCAAGGUAAGGGGACCUGAGCAGGCAGCAGGAAAAAGGGAUCAAGUGUCUUUUCAUGUGCUACACAGAGAUUGAUUCACCUCAUGGUCGUAUAGAUAAUUGUGUAGAUAUUCAGUUCUCUGUGCCUUGUUUGCGUUUCAUGGUUUACCUGUAGCUGACAGGCUUUUAGCUUCCUGUAGGCCUAUAAACACACAGGAGCUGUAAAGGCAGGCCCAGUGUAUGUGUGUGUGAUUUAGAGGAAAGGAAAGCACCGUUUACUGUAAUCUGCAUAACGUCAGCCCCUGCUGUGUGUGUUGAAAUCACCAAGGUGUUGUCAUCCUAGCCUGAAGCCUUCUCCGGUCAGUUUUCUGGAAUUUGCCUUCAUGCUGCAGCAAUAAGCAAUACUUGUCAUCUGUCAGGGAGUCUCCUUUAGUUUGGUCACAAGGGUCGAAACACGCAGACUGAUCUUUCAGGAGGGCAUCGGGUCUGUUUUUAUCUUUUUCUCUCAAGACUUUAAGAGUGUCAGGUUUCCUGCAAGGACAGAGAGGUCUGGUAGAAGUGGGAAACAGUUAGUGUAUGCCUGCCCGCACCAUGAUGGCCUCUGACAUGGCUGAGACGUGGAGGAACUGUUUUGAGGAGGAGCUCAUCUGCCCCAUCUGCCUGCACGUGUUCUCAGAUCCCAUCCAGCUGCCCUGCAAGCACAACUUCUGCCGGGGCUGCAUCAGCGAGGCCUGGGCCAAAGACUCCUCACUGGCCCGCUGCCCUGAGUGCAAUCAUGCUUACACGCAGAAGCCCAGCCUGGAAAAGAACCACAAACUGUCCAACAUAGUCGAGAAGUACAACGCCCUGAGCGUGGAGAAGGCCACCACGCCGGCGCUGCAGUGCAUCCUGUGCCGCCGAGGCCCGCCACUCCCUGCAGUGAAGGUCUGCCUGCGCUGCAACGCCCCGUGCUGCCAGUCCCACGUCCAGACACACCUGCAGCAGCCCUGCUCAGCCCUCGGGCACCUGUUGGUGGAGGCGGAGGCGGUGAAGGCCUGGACCUGCCUGCAGCACGACGAGUACAGGCUGUACCACUGCGAGGCCGAGCAGACAGCGGUAUGUCAGUACUGCUGCUUCGCCCGCUGCCACCCCAGCCACGGCCACGCCGUCACUGACGUGGAGCUGCGACGCAACGACAUCAGACAAAGCCUGUUACGACAGCAGGAGCGCGUGGAGGAGCGAGUGCAGGAGAUCGAAGAACAGCUCUGCAAACUCGACUCUGACAAGUGUGUGGUGGAGGACAGGGUGUGUGAGCUGAAAGAGGAGGUGCGUCUGCAGUACCAGCGCAUGCACCAGCUCCUGGAGGAGGAUCUCGGUCGGACACUGGAGGCUCUGGACCGGGCUCAGGCUCGGUUCUGCCAGGAGAACGCUGCCCAGGUUCUAGCUCUGGGUGAGCAGCGCCACGAGGCCCAGAAGCUGCUGAGCUCCAUCCACACGGCCUUCAGUAAGGCGGAGGAGCUGAGCUUCAUGAAAAACACCAAGCCGGUUAAAAUCCUCACAGACAGGUCUCAGGCAUGCGUGGGCAGCAGUCUCCCUCCUUACAAAGUGGGGAAUUUAAACUCUAAACUGUUCCUCUCAGAAAUCUCAAAAAGAGAGAAGAGCUUGAAGAGAACGCUGGAAGCUCCCCUCACCCCUCCAUCGACCUUCCUGCAGUCUGUCCCUGCGUAUCCCAGCGGUCAGAGCUCCGGCUCUGGAGCAGAGAAACGGAAACAUUCCACUGCCUUCCCAGAGGGAAACGGGAACGUCGGAAAAAACGCCGCUCCUGGUUUCAAGGACUCCUCCUCCUCCUCUUCCUCGUCUUCUUCCUCAUCGCUAGCCAAGCAGCCCUACCUGGGCUCCAGCUCUGCCUCCGGAGAAGGUCAGUCCACCAAUCAGCAGCCUCUCGGCCCCUGCGGCCCGCCUCACAUCAGCGAGAGCGGCGGGACGGGAAGCGGAAGCGGCUCUCUGACCAACCACCAUUCAGGCUCCGUGUUCGGCUCCUCGCACUUUCCUCCUGGAGGCAGCAGCUCCUCGCACUCCUCCCAGCAGGCCGUGCUGCCUCAAUACGGUGGCCGUAAGAUCCUGGUGUGCACAAUGGAUAACUGCUACUGCUCCGGAGUGCCCUCGGUGUCGGGCCACCGCAGCCAUCCCCCGUACCCACGCUCUGGCUCUUUCCCCUGGGUCAGCGCCCAAGACUACCCCCCUCCUCCCGGCCUGGCCUCUGGAGGUCCGUCCAUGCAGGGCUUGGCAGUGAGGGACUGGAUAGACGCCUCGCAGACACACAGACAUGCAGAUUUUUACGGGCUGUACGGGCAGCCUUCUACAAAGCACUACGUCACCAGUUAACAGAGUAGAGACACACACACACACACACACACACACACACACUUGGAUAUAAAGACAGGCACCAAAAUAGCACACCUUUACCGUCUUAUUAACCGGAAAAAACACAGUUAUACUAUACACACCUUAAAAUAUUCAGAUUUAUAUCCACACACACACACACACAGAUCUAGAAUACGUACACACAUUCGGGGGCAGGGUUGAUCUCUUUGUGUUUUUAUUUUCUUCUUUCCUUUAUUUUCAGUCAGUGUUUCAUGUAGUGUAUUAUACGUAAAACGCAUAAACAAGCCAACACGCUCACUCUGGCACAACUUAGCUCAGCAUCGUACACAUAAACAAGAGACAAGAGAGGCCUCAGAGGAGAGCGUGACAUGCAUCUUUUUUAUUUAUAGAUCAGGAGGUGGAUUGAUAGGAGACGAACUUUUACUAGAAAACGCCUCUCCGCGGCUUCUCACUGACGCUAAAGGGAAAAGAGAUUAAAACCGUGCAGUGUUGAGCUUUCCAGUUUAGCGCCUCAUGUUUCUCUGAUAUAAUCACCCCUCUAGUUGUACUGAGGUCAGUUGCCUUAUGUUAUUAGCAUCAUAUUUUUCUCUGCCCAGCUCACUUUGUCUGGUCGAUCCUUUAAAGAGGGUCCACGGUCCCUUCGUGUCUCUUGAUUUUCAUCGUCAUGGCACUUCUUCCUUUCUUUGCUGAGUUCAGGGAUGGAUCGUACGGCUUGAACACAAAACGCUCUUCCAUGGAACACCCACAAUGCACUUGUGGACGCCUUGUUAUGCCUGGACUACAGAUGCCGACCCGCAGAGGGACACUAGAGCGGCAUCCGAAGGGCCGGUCGACCCCGGCCUAAAGAGUUUUGGGGAUUAUUCUUCGCACUCCCUUCCUGCUAUCAGGCUUCCCACAGGACAGAAAAACUUCUGACAAAGACUGUUUCCAUUUAGUAAUUACUAUGACUUUGUGUUAUUUGGUACAUCUGUAGGUUUCACGCUUGUCUAGAGAGACUCUGUGAUCGUAGAGAAAAAGGCAAGACUGGACAGACCAAACCAAUCAAGCAUCUGGAGGAUCUGACGAUGCUGUAAUUGUACUUCCUGCAGGGCAAAGAUGUCACUUCCUCUCAAUAAGCACACGAGCUCUUGGCUUCCUGUUUGCAGCUGAAAGCAUGCAAGGAAGAGUUUUUUAAAGCACUCAAAAGAAGAACAAUGGGGGGAACAAAACGUAUGCAGUUUUAAAAUGAGUGUAUGGAAGAAAAGGAGGGUGGGAGGAAUUUUUUUCAUGAACUUUUUCUAAAAGAACAAGACUCUGGACUGCGAGAUGUAAGCAAUUGUUAUCAUCCUAAAAAGGAGCUGUUACAACAGUCAACAUAAAGAGGAGAAAAAAACAACAACAUAAAAGUAUCUUUUUUUGUAAAUAUUUUGUGAAAUGGAAAAAUUACAGACGUGAUUUGGAGGAGGGUUCCAAAUAAACGAACAAAUUUAAACCAGUC